UCACAACACUGUCUCUUUCCCGUCCGCGUGCGCGCUCGUUGCGUCCAUAUUGCGGCCUCUCCGCCGGUCUUUCCAACCUAUUUAUUUACCCCCAUAGCGGAGCUGGCCCGUUAAAGUGUUAAAAACGAGAUCGCCAUGAGUACACCGACAUUCAUCGAUGUGGGCGUGGACGAGCAGUGCCUCGACCUGCGCGCCUACUUCAAGAGCCUGGGCGCCGACAUUUCGGAAGAGCAGCCUCCCGCCAGCUUGGCUCUCAACCUGGCCGAGAUCAUCAACGUGUGCGACGUGUGCUUCCGCGAGGCCACCGAUUCGGACAUCGAGGCCGUGCUCAACAGCAUCGUCUCCCUCCUCGUGGACGUGGUGCCCGCCGAGGGCGAGCCCCUGGUGAACGCGUUCUGCGCCAAGCUGGCACAGGCCCCUUCCAACAGGCUCGGCGUGAUGGCCGUGCGCGUGCUUCAGAACCUCUUCGAGGCGCUCAGCGUGGACAGCCCCCUGCGCUACGACGUCUACUACAACUUGGUCAAAGCGGCCGCCAAGACGGACAUGAUAAUGUCGGUGUUCAGCGACCUCCCAAAGCUGAAGUCGUGGAUGACUGCGCUGCGAGUGCCCGUGCCACGGGUGCAGCGGCUUCUUCGGGCGCUGCACGAGGCCCUGCUGGAGUGCCGCCAGGGUGGAGAGCUGGCCUCGCGCGUCAUGGUCGAGCUGCUGUCCACCUACACGGAGGACAAUGCGUCGCAGGCGCGUGACGACGCACACCGCUGCAUCGUCUCGUGCCUGGCCGACCCAACCACUUUCCUGCUCGACCACCUGCUGCCCCUCAAGCCCGUGCGCUUCCUCGAGGGCGAGCUCGUGCACGACCUGCUCACCAUCUUUGUGGCCGACAAGCUGUCCGCCUACCUCGCCUUCUAUCAGGCCAACAAGGACUUUGUGUCCUCCCUGGGUCUGUCGCACGAACAGAGCCUGCACAAGAUGCGGCUGCUGACGCUGAUGCAGCUGGCCGAGUCCCGGCGCGAGCUGCCCUUCGAGCUGCUCCAGCAGGAACUGCAGCUGCAGGACGUCGAAGGGUUCGUGGUGGAGGCCCUGCGGACGCGCAUGCUCACCGCCAAGAUCGACCAGACGGGCCGCAAGGUCAUCGUGGGCACCACGGUGCACCGCACCUUCGGCCGACACCAGUGGGUCCAGCUCAAGGAGAGCCUCGUCCAGUGGCACGAGCGGCUGCGGCACGUCGAGAGCAGCAUGGACCGAGUGACGCGCGCCCACUUCGAGCCCCUAACGGCCCCACCCACGGCCUGAUGACAAAAGAAAGAGAAUCGCUCCACUGAUUAUAUAGAAGAUAAAAGAAAACUCUUUC